AUGGCGUGGAGGGCUUCGGAGCGUCUCAUGGAGACCAUCCGGCACUAUGCCUCGUUCCCGGCAACAGGAGUGUCGCUGCGACAGAUGGUGCAGUUUGGCGACAAGCCGUCGACAGGAGACCUACCGGAUGGAUUGAAUGAGAUGCCGUCUAUCAAGAAAGUCCAGGACUGGUACGCUCAGUCGUUCGAGGAGAUCACCAAGUUGGAACGGCCAAAGUUGACAGAAGAAGUACGGUCACGGUUGCUCAAUUCCAGCAGGAUGAACGGCCGCGAGCCACGCAUGCUGGAGCAAGCAACCCCCAACCCCAGCAUAAAGCAGGGCCAGUACCGCUCCUCGCCAACGACAUCCAUCCUCAACAGCAUCUACAGCAACGGUAACUCCAGCGUAAUCGGCAACAAUGGCAGCACAACGACGACAACCACGGCGACUAAUGGCGCGAAACACCGGGUUGCAGGGACUCGCCGGUACUUUGUUGCUGCGGACGACGGCGCCGAUUGGCCGCCAGAAUUGAUCGACUACAACGCUCGUUUGGCUUCGACCCUGGACACAAUCAAGAGACGACACGACAGCGUUGUGACGACGGUGGCACAGGGCGUGCUGGAGUGGAAGCGCAAGAAGCAGCGGCUGCAGAUCGACUCUGGAAUACAAGCCUUCUUGGACCGGUUUUACAUGUCCCGUAUUGGCAUUCGUAUGCUUAUUGGGCAGCACAUUGCUCUUACCAACCAGCACCACACAUUCCAUCCAAACUACGUCGGAAUUAUCUGCACAAAGACAAACGUCCGUCAGUUGGCGCAGGAAGCCAUUGACAACGCCCGCUUUGUCUGCGAAGACCACUAUGGCCUCUUUGAAGCUCCCAAGGUCCAGCUCGUUUGCCGCGAUGAUCUCGAUUUCAUGUACGUGCCCGGCCACCUGUCACACAUGCUCUUCGAGACGAUCAAGAACUCGCUGCGUGCGGUGGUAGAGACACAUGGACCAGAGAAUGAUUCGUUCCCCGUAACCAAAGUCAUCGUGGCCGAGGGAAGGGAGGACAUUACCAUCAAGAUCUCUGAUGAAGGCGGCGGUAUUCCUCGAUCAGCCAUCCCGCUUGUAUGGACGUACAUGUACACCACCGUUGACCAGACGCCCAAUCUCGACCCGGACUUCAACAAGAGCGACUUCAAGGCCCCCAUGGCCGGAUUCGGAUACGGUCUACCCAUCAGUCGACUCUACGCCCGGUACUUUGGCGGUGAUCUCAAACUCAUCAGCAUGGAAGGGUGA